CUCUCCACCAGGACCAGCCUGAGCUCUCCAGAUCAGGACCCCUCGCUAAGGACAUUUAUUGGAAGCCUGGUACUGCAGCACCAUCCAGGAUGGACAGCGUCUCAGGGGACUUCAGCAGACGUGUGUACCAGGGCGUGAGAGUGAAGCACACCGUCAAAGAUCUCCUGGCAGAAAAGCGAUCCAGGCAGACGAGUAGCUCCAGACUCGGUGGCAGCGUCAGCUCCUCCCAACCUCCAUUCGUCCAGAUGCCAGGCUCACCGGUCAUGUCGGGUUACUACGGGGUCAGGAGAUCUUUCCUAUCUGAUUCCGACUUCCACAGCAGCAAGCAGUUCUCAAAUGACCUCUACCCCUCCAGCGUGGCUAAGCCCUUUGCCUGUGAAUCCUCAGCCGGGCAGAGUCACGCGGGCCUGCUGGAGUCCUACCUGACAGAGCCCUAUGGAGAAUACCGCCCACCAGCGCUGACCUCCACACCGAAUUCCCUGUUCAGCACCUCGACCCUGCCGCCCCUCUUGCCACCUCCGUUCCCCAGCGACCCAGCUCACUUUGUGUUUAGAGACUCCUGGGAACAGUCGGUGCCGGAUGGACUCAGCCAGCCAGACCCUGUGCCUGCCGAUACCCUGCCAACCCUGCCACCCAGCACCAGCUGCCUCUCCCAACUGGAGUCAGGAAGCAGCACCCAACACAGGAGCAUGGGAUGGGGUGCAUCCCUUGCUGGGGCUCAGUCCUACUCGCUGCAUGCACUGGAAGAGCUGCACCACACACCAGGGUACCCCACCCCAUCUUCAUACCCCUUCACUUCUUUCAUGACGGUGUCAAAUGACCUUCCACCCAAGGUGGUGCCCCUCUCCUCAGAGGAGGGGUCAGACACCUCUUCCCUUCAUGACCCUUCACCUUGGACAAAAGAAGAUGGCAGCAUGGCCUGGAGCUCUUACGAAUGCCGGAGAGCUUACUGAGACAGCAGGCCAGAGGACUUCUGCAUUCUUAUGAACAUUGGAGUCAGUGUCCAUAGAUUUUUCUAGGUGUGCUAGCUCAAUCAGACUUGGAUUUUCAGUUUAAGCCACAAUUCUGCCCAGUGCUAAUUGACAGUGGCAUUCAUCUCCUCUCUUAGCCACUACACCUCUGACACUAUAACACCCCUGCCAAACACUACAAUGUCAAUAAAAUGCUUUGUGGAUCAUUUUCUAAUGAGACACCCUCACAAGGAAGGCCACUUUAGAACUUUGGUAGCCCAUUUUAUUCUGAAUUUUCUGUUACCUUUGAAGCAUCAUUUCUGGCUCUGGUUAUUUUUCUUAUAAUACAUUAAAAACUUUAGCAGGUUAUAAAACA